GGGCAAUGCUUCGCGGCGCUAGAAACACAACUGAAGAACGCACACCAGAACGCAGUCCAGAACGCAGUCCACCGAAGGGAGAAUCUAAGCGAGGAGAGGCAGAACCUACGAGGGAACCAGAACCUUAGAACGUUUGAAAGCGCAGGAGUUUGAAAAUCACUAUCUGUUGUAGUUCUCUGCAGCUAUACUCUAGAGGGCUCCUUCUAGAAGUACAAGUAGUUACAGGAUUGACCUAGAGAGGGCUCCACUGGUGGAAGCAUUAUAGUUGAUUACGUUUGUUGAUCUUUAUAUGUAAGGGUUUUGCUGGAAGUACCCAUUGAGAAAGAUAUUUGCUGC